GGACAAAUGUUGAAAAGAUGAAAAAACCGGAGCACUUCAAGCAACGAUGUAUUCUAUAUAGGUUUAGGUAGAAACAGGGUAGCUGUGAGUAGGUAAUGCAAGGCAAAGCACAGGGAACAGCCAACCAAGCAAGCGGGAAUACGCGCGAGCACGUGUGCGUGAAUGCAGAGGGAAUUUUUUUGUGCCAACCAGCAGGCAGAGGCAGAGGCAGAGGCAGAGGUAGAACGUAGAGGAAAGUGCAGAAUACAGAGACAGGGCCGGGAGUAAUCGUGCCUCGAGACUCGAGCGUUCGUUCGUUCGUUCGUUGGGUUCGUUCGUUCGUUGGUUCGCUCGUUCGCCUCGGUCACGGGUGGUGAUGGUGUGUGGUGUGGUGUGGUAUGGUAUGGAAUGGAAUGGUGGUGGGGGGAGAGCUGCAUCGCUGUUCGGGGUCGGAGCAAACGAAUGAGAGUGAGCAAGUGAGAUAGAGGUAGUGAAAAGCCGGCGGCAGCGGCGGCGGAGUCGAAGCGGAUCGGAGCGGGUUGAAGUGGGAGAGAAGAACGGGUCGUUUGGGUGUCGGCGGUGGGUAGAUUGUCAAUAGUGGGGGUAGUCUGGCUCGAGCAACGACGCGUCCUAAGGGUGGGGGGCAAUUCUCCUGACUACCGCAGUAGAGUAGCGGCCUUCGACGCGAUCUGAUCUUGGUUCUCUUCGAGAAAGUGUGCGCCCGCGCACGCACUCAAACAUACAAUCGAACACACACCAUACACUCACAUUUAUAUAUCAUAUAUAUAUAUAUAUAUAUUUAAAGCCGUCCUAUACUCUCCCCUAAAUACGGUGCUGCGCCGAGAACUUAACGCACUGCGCAGGCCACUUUUCUCUUCUAUCUAUCCUCUCCUCACAGCUUUUUACCCGUUCGUCUGAUCAUCUCGACCAUAAUGCCGGGCAUUUCUCUUUGUACAUUACUUCGUAUCAACCAAAACUCUUGAUAUUCUCUAUCCAACAAAGACAAAUAAACUAAUAACGGGGGUGGUAUCCCUUGGUUGCUGGUGAUCAACGUGUAAUUAAUUGGAAAACCGAGUCGGGAUUUUUAUCGGGGGUGGUCUGUCAUUAAUUAUUAUCUACCCCAACGACCUCUUUUGUUUAAAAUUGGACAACGGUGAACGGAUUUACAGUGAAAUCAAUCAGUGAAUCAGUUUUUCAAUUAUACCCACCAUCUUACACACUUAUUUCUCUUUUUUUAAGUUUUUUUAAUUUAAUAUACGAUAUAAUAUUAUUAUUGUGAAGUGGAAUUUACAUUAAAUACUUUAUUUCAUUUCGCAACAUUUUAUCUCUCGAGGAUACAAAUUUUCUUGAAGUUUUCGUCGUCGUUGUUGUUGUUGCUUGAUUGGUUAAUUGUUAUCUGACACACCUCGGGGUGUCAGCGAAAACGAAAGGGUUACCCCCUUUUUUUUCUACUUUGCGUAUAUCCCUUGUGUUUUGUGCGUACGUGUGGAAUUAAAAAAAAAAAAGAAAAAGAAAAGGCUGGAUCACGAGGAAGAAGAAAAGUGAAGAAGGAAGGAAGGAAGGAAGGAAGGAAAUAGUGGUGCAUAAUUCGUGGCGCGAAAGGAAAAGAAAAAAAAAAAGAACACACACACACACACACACAUACAAGAGAGAAAGAAGUCAAGUUGGCGAGACACUGAGGGUGACAAGAGAAAAAGAAAGAGUAUAACGUGUACGUGUAUUAUUUGUGUGCAUGUACGUGAGCCCGAUAGAGAGAAAGAGAGAGAGUGAGAGAGAGAGAGAGAGAGAGAGAGAGAAGCCAGGGGAGAUCGACCAUUGUUCGUCGGUCGAUCGACGACUAGCAGGAGUCGCUUCGUACAAACUCGGCAAUCUUCGUGUCUGAUCGUCGACGCGUAUAGCUCUCUUCUCUCCUGCUGCAUGCCGUGCAGAUCUCUCCAAGUGUCGUCGCACGCAGUAUAGUAAGCGCGGAUGGGUCAACCCCAGUGAGAAAAGAAGAAGAAGAAGAAGUUUCCUCAGUUUUUGAAACUUGUGUGCAAACGGGGGUUUGGUUACGAAUCAUUGUCGAUUGAUUUUAUUCAGCAGUGUUCAAAAGGAAUACUUAGUAUUACUUAAUCGCAUACACCCCACUUGUCUGUCCUUAGUUAAAUCAUCUUAUUUAAUCGAAGGUGUCAACUUUAAGAGGGUUUUUCUCCUAUUUUUUCUUUUCUUCUUUUAUCAUCUUUUUGGUGUACCUCUUUUUAUUGUGUGUGCGUGUGUGUGUAUGUGUGUACCCCUCACACUCCACCCGGCGACGGCCAUCUAUCUAUCUAUUGUGUUGAACCCAUGUGUGCGCGAUUAAUAACAGGCAUUUAAAUUUCAAGAGAAAAAUCUAAUAAUAAUAAUAAUAAUAAUACUAGUGUUUUAAUAUGAGAAAAAUUCGAGACGGUUCGUAUUAAUAAGAACCGUCUCGAGAGAUGAACCUUCGGGUUAAUGCGAAAUCUAUUGGGAUUCGUAAGAUGAUGACGAAGAAUGUUAAUAAGAAGGGCUCGGUGAAAAUAACGAAGAAGACGAGGAACCCAUGGAAAAUUAUUAACGGUAUAAACAUUAAAGUGACGGGAGAUAAAAGUGAUAAAAGAUUUGGAGUAACUGCAGUAUCAAUACCAGCAGUAGCAGUAGCAGCAGCAACAACAACAGCAGCAGCUAAAGCUACGAUUAAAACGAUAACGAACAAGACUAAAAAGAUAGAAUACGUUAAAGCAGCAUGCCACCGGUGUUAGGAGGCGCGGCAAUGGCGGUCCUUCCGGUAAGCCCGCAAACGGCUACGCAGGGUAACCCGCACCACCAUCACGGUCAUCACGUACACCAAGGGCAAACGCAGGUUUUGAUAGCGGCCGCCGGUGCAGGCACGCAGGCUCAGCCGCAGCUGCUUUAUCAACCAUAUAAUCUAAUGCCGGCGACUGGUUCGCCGUCGCAUCAACCACCCUUUCAACAACAUCAUCACCAAUAUCAGCAACAUCAUCAUCAACAACAGCAACAACAACACCAAGCCCAACAACAACAGCAACAGCAAGCCCAACAACAACAGCAACAUUCACCACCUCCACCAGCUCAACAGCAUCAACAACAGCAUCAACAACAGCAUCAACAACAGCAACAACAUCAUCCAGGUGCCGCCCAACAACAACAACAACAGACCAGUUUUCUUCCUAACGAAGUUGGAAACGCUAUAACUACCGCUGCCUUGGCCUUGGAACGAAGGGAAGCGGAAGUACGUGAAUUAGAAAAACGCGAGCGCGAGACGAAGAUGGAACGAGAGAGGUUGGAAAAACAAAGGGCCGCCGAGCAAGCGGUUCACAAACAUUUCGAGGAAUCCCUUAGGUUGGCACAGCAAAAGGUGUCUUAUAUUCCGCAGAGAAACUUGCAGUCGGCCUCGAUGGCGUGGAACACUUUUAUACCUCUCCCACCACACGGAAGUAGAAGUCAUGGUGGUCCGCAUUCGGGUAUGGCUGCGCACGGUGGCCACCAUCAUCCUGGUGGUCCUGGUUCAACCGCUACGCAUCCUGUAACGGUGGCGCAGCAACAGCAACAGCAACGUGAACGCGAAGAACGUGAAGCUAGAGAACGAGAACGGGAAAGGGAACGAGACCGAGAACGAGAUGCGAGAGAAAGGGAACGGGAACGGGAAAGGGAACAGCAUAUGGCAGUUGCUGAAAGAUUACAUAGGCAAGCUGAAGCUAGAGAUCACGUGGCUGCACAACAAAGGGCGGCUUAUUACGCUGCUACAGCGCCAGCGACUCAACAGGUAUCCCGACCGUCGAGCGUACCUGGAAAAGUCGAAUACCCACCACCACCAGCACAUUCUAGGACAUCUAAGUCAUCGUUGCCGGUUGGUAGUCUUCACGAAAAAGCACCGUCAGUGGUGGGUCCGUCGCACAGUUCGCUUCCAAAAGCUGAACCGAACGUUAAUCUGUUCAGUUAUUCAACUUACCAAGCGCAAUCCUCGUAUAUGCAUGAUAUGAAAGUAAAGAGCGACCAACUUGGACAAUCUUCUCAUAAAACGUUAACGAGCAAAAGUGGUUUAGCUGGUGGUCUCGAAAGAGAUCAUCAUGGUAGGGAGGUAUUACAAAAUCCACCUUCUUUGCUAUCCGAUCACAAGAGUUCCGUUAUUGUGAAAAACGAAGGCAGAGAGUUACCCAAGGGUCCACCACCUCAACAACACUCGCCGAGUCCGAAAAUGAUGCCGUACAUGAACGUUCAACCGGUAACGCCGCAACACAAGCAGGCUGCCUACGAAUAUAGGAGUCCAACUCAAAGCCCUCAUCACCUCCAUCACCUGGACAGUUUGCAAGGGGCAAAGAGCAUACCGCAAAGUCAUCACAGAAGUGGGAGCAGCGGUGGAGGUUCUACGACAGCGUCCCAACUACCGAGCUCUCACGGUCAUCCACCACCACACUCGCACAAUCGACAGUCGCCUCAUACUCAGCAUCCUCAUCAGCCGCCACAUCCAUCGCCCCCAGAAACGCGUUAUCUGAACAGGUCCGAGCCUGGGCUACCCUACGCUACAACUAAAUCAACGUAUGCUUAUCCACAUCCACACCCACCUACGGUUUCACCGACUUCACAUUAUGCCGCACCUCCGGCUGUCUCGAAACCGAAAGUCAGCAGUCCGGCGCCACCACAUAUAUACGGCAAGCCAAAUUCCGGUAUAAUGACCGGUACGCCAGUUUGUAGGGCUUCCGAGCCCGCAGUCGCAGCACCGAUACCUUUAACGUCGAAAGCCGGUAGCUCGCCUUACCAGCAAGUGCCUCAUCAUCAUGGAGCGCCGCCACCUCCUUUACCUCCACCAGCCCACAGUAGCAGAUCCGUAUACGAUAACAGGGGUUUCGCUGGUUCGAUGCCAGCCGCGAAACUACCACCUCCACCUCUACACGGAUCACCACCUACGGCUGCUUCGGCACCGCUUUCGAGGCCGAUCGUUCAUCCUGCUCAUCACGGUAGUCCACACCAACAACCCGGUCAAACGUUGCAACACUCUCAACCGCAGAUUGCUGCUUCGAAUUUUCAAACGCAACCCCUCGAUCUCGGAGUUGAAAGAUCCGGCUCCCCUAAGAGAAAAGCACCAACGCCACUUUCCUGCGAUAAUGUUAGUGGUCAGCCGGUUUCCUUAGAGGUCUGUAAAAAACGACGAACGGAAGAACCACAACCGUUGUCCCUACAAUGCGUCGGCCCACCCGUUUUGUCUAGGGUGAGCGAACCUAGUCCUCUCAUCGCUUCGGCCGCAACCUCUAUCACCACUGUCGUCAAUACCGCGGCUUUAUUGUCACAACCUACGAGCGACUCUCAGCCUUCUCAAGAACGUACCGUUGCCGUUGAAAGUCCAGCACCGAGGACAGCCAGUGGCGAUGGUUCGGUUAGACCAGCCAGUACCGGCAGUGUUAGCUCUUUUAAUCCUACCAAUGUUAGUGCAGCACCAAGUCCAGCACCUAUACCAAGUCCAGCUCCAUCAAUGGCGCCCAGUCCAGCACCCAGUGCUCCUGGUACACCUGCCAAAACUAAUCCUACCACAAACGAUAAUGAAAAAUCCGAAAGUCCAGCACCGAGACAACCUAGCAGUACUAGCUAUCCCGUUCAUAAAUUAAAAAAGGCAUGGCUUCAAAGGCAUUCAGGCGAAGAUGGGACCGAGGAUACCACAGGCAUGGUUGGAAGUGGUUCCUGUGUUACCUUACCUCUCAACAUUUCUCAAGCACCAUCUCAACCACUGAAUAACAAAGAACGCGAACCAAGCUCGAAUUCGAGUAACACAACUACAACUACGACCUGUUUACCUAGCGCCGUUAAUUCCAUUUACAAUAUCGGUAGUAUGGCAGUGAACAGCAUCAACAAGAGUAAAGUCACUGCGAAAGGAAGUCGUAAGACAACGAAUAAGGAACCUCUUAACGGUCAUGCAACUGACGUAAAAAAUCUUCAAGAAGAUUCAUCCAGCAGCGACACUGAACGAAAGUCGCCGCCUAAAAGAAAAACAACCAAGGUAAAACGAAAGAAGGGAGCUGCACGGAGGCAACAAACUGCCGCAGAAGAUCAGCGGAGACACAAAGAAGAGAAACAAAGCGUAGGGGCUGGAGCGGGAAGUGAUUCUAGCCCUGAAAGCGAUGCUGGAUCUGGUAGCGAUAGCGAACAAUUGGGCUCUGUUCAACCAACUCCAAGAGUGCGACAUACCACGGCUAAUUCCAACAAUUCCUCUGGAAACGAAAAUAAUAAUAAACUCAGGAAAAGAGGGAGAAGACCAAAGACUACUAAAGGUAACAACGAUACAGGAGGAGAAGAUCAACAACCCCGUCAAAAAAAAGAACGUAGAGAUGAUAGCACAAGUGGCGGUAACAAUGGGCCAGGUGGAAGUGGUGGUCCCAUACGAAGACCAGCCGUAUCACAGUUAAAGAAGACAGGUCAAAGCUGGUUACAAGACGAUAUUUGUUUCUACGCUGCACCUAAAUUAGCCAAGUGUCGUGAAUGUCGGCACGCCAUUACUAACGGACUUAAAAAUCUUCCUCAAAAUGUCUUCUGUAGAUUCUUCGCAUUUCGCAGAUUACGAUAUACAAAAAAUGGACAAUUGGCUAUCGCUGGAUUCAGCGACCCGCACAAAGAUACUUCCGAGGAAGAUCUACGCUUAUGGUUGCCGGGAAAAGAUAAUCAGGACUCGGGCAAUAGUAAAGAUGAUAAAUCAGAAAAAAACAACGAUAAAGAUAAAUUAGAUAAAGUUAUCAAAGGAGAUCUAGACUUAGAGACAGCACACAGACUUCUUCGACAAGUAGGAGAUCAAUUUUGCGAUCUCUUACAUCAAGAAAAGGAUGCACUUCAAGAACAUAUGGCUGAAGUGAGUGCGGGAAUUACAGACGGAACAGUAGCAUGGAAGAGAGUUCUACCAGGAGUAAGAGAAUUAUGCGACGUAUGCGAAACAACACUUUUCAAUUACCAUUGGGCUUGUAGGAAAUGUGGAUUUGUCGUAUGCAUCGAUUGUUAUAAGGGACGUAAAAAUGGAACAAUUAAAAUAUGGGGUGAAAGCGGCAAAGACAGGGAUGAUUUUUCAUGGUUACUGUGUACGAACAGACAAGCUCACGAACCAGAAAGACUAAUGCUAACGCAAAUAAUAGCUGGCGAUAGUCUCCUACGACUUGGACAACGUCUUCAUGAGUGUAGAUCAGAAUGGGGAAUCCCUCAGCAUUGUGGUUGUUCUUUUGUUUCACCUGGUCAACCAAACGAAAGUUUAAGAAAUUUAAUUAAAGGAGAAACUGUUCCUGUUCUUAAUGGUAACAUUAAGCAAGAACCCAAAGAGGAAAAGAAGAUAAAUGAAUCGAAUGGUGCAUCGGAAAACAAAGUUAAUGGGGAAGAUAAAAAUUCACCUUUAAAUUGGUUGGCAGAUGUGGCAUUGCAAAAUCAAGAUAAGAACGAAAGUGGUUCGAGUUCAGAUUCGGAUGAAGAUCGUGACGGUAAUUAUUCUACCUUGAGAGAAUUGUUAAUAAGGCCAUCCCACAAAUCCAAUGGUAAUGGAUCCAGAUCUAAUUCACCGACUAAUAACACUAGUAAUACCAAUUCAGCAUCCGGUACAAACACUCAUAAUAAUAUGACUAAAUCUGGUAAGAAAUCUAAAAUGGAUACACUUGACGAAGUAAUAACCAGUGUUAUCGAGCAUACGGUAACUAAGGAAAGAGAAAGCGGAUUGGAUGACGACGAAAAACCAAGAGAAUUGAAACACUUUGUACGUAGAUAUAAAUGGACUCAAAGGGGUAGAGAACCAUUACCAAUAAGAAUCAUGACGUUAACCGAAAGUAAAAGUUUGUAUCCAGAUGUACCACAUUCCUGGCUGUGCGACGGUAAAUUGUUAAGGUUAAACGAUCCGAACAAUCCAAACAAUUAUAGAAUUUUCCAAGACCAAUGGAAACGCGGACAGCCGGUUAUAGUAUCGGACGUAGCUAAAUCUCUGGACAUGGAUCUUUGGCAUCCCGAUUCAUUUGCCAGAGAUUUUGGGGAUAAGAAAAAUGAUCUUAUCAAUUGUAUGACUGGUAACUUGGUACCGAAUCAACCAAUGAGAAAAUUCUGGGAAGGUUUUGAACACUUUUCCAAACGACUUAAAGACGAAAGGGGAAAUCAUAUGUUAUUGAAAUUGAAAGACUGGCCGCCUGGCGAUGAUUUUGCUGAAUUAUUGUCGACGCGUUUUAUUGAUUUAAUGAAAGCAUUACCAUUGUUGGAAUACACCCAUCGACAUGGUAGAUUGAAUUUAGCGAGUCAUUUACCUGAUUGUUUUGUAAGACCAGAUUUGGGUCCUAAAAUGUAUAACGCAUAUGGUUCUGCACUUUAUCCUAACAAAGGUACUACCAAUUUACAUUUGGACAUCUCUGAUGCGGUUAACGUGAUGGUAUAUGUUGGUAUUCCUAAAGAUGCCGAUAAUGAUGAACACGUCAAAGAGGCAUUAAGAGCUAUUGACGAAGCAGGCUGUGAUAUUCUGACGCGUCGUCGUGUUCGUGAACGCGGUGAAGCACCAGGAGCAUUGUGGCAUAUUUAUGCGGCUCGCGAUGCUGAUAAAAUACGUGACUUAUUAAAUGCAGUAGCAUUGGAACGUGGUGCACGAUUAGAACCACAUCAUGAUCCUAUACACGAUCAGAGUUAUUACUUGGAUGGUCCUCUGCGGGAACGAUUGUAUCGCGAAUACGGUGUCGAAGGAUACGCAAUCGUACAAUGUCUUGGAGAUGCCGUUUUCGUGCCAGCGGGUGCACCACAUCAAGUUAGAAAUUUACACAACUGUAUCAAAGUGGCAGAAGAUUUUGUAUCACCGGAGAACGUGUCGCAUUGUUUCCAUCUAACACAAGAAUUUCGUGAAUUAUCCGAUUCCCAUACCAAUCAUGAAGAUAAGUUACAAAUCAAAAACAUUAUAUAUCACGCGGUUAAAGAUUCUUUAACGGUGUUAGCUAAUGCUAAAGAAGAGACCAUUGCCAAAACUAAAACUGGAAAUGAAACGAAGAUUAAAGAAGAAACGUAGCCAUAGGCCCCCCCUCGUCGUGAUCUUUAAAGAUCCAUGGAAUGUGAAAAAUCAUUGUCUUUUAAUAUAUUAAUUACAAACAAAUAUAAAUUCGCGGUUUUUAUAUGCGCGAUUUUAGAAGUUACACAUAUGCUUCGUCAUUUUUCUAGAAGCAAGAUUUUUGCAAAGGAGCAAGAACGAAAGGGAAGAAGAUGAUGGUGGUGUUGCGUUGCGUGGUGGUGUGUGUGUGUGUGAAAAAGAGAGUAAGAAUUUUUUUUUUGUUUUUUUAAUGCUCCAUACAUUUUAAGAAAAGAAUGUGAACAAACAAAGAUAGAGAAAGAGAGAAGAUUAUCGGGAAUAAUGAACUCCGAAUAAAUAAUUAAUUAAUUAAUUAAUUAAAUAAAUAUAAAUGGAGAUAAAAUAGAUAGGUAGGGUAGGCAAAGGAGUGAUGUAAGAAAAGAAUUU